UGCUGCCCACCCCACUGACGUGUCGGGGCAGCGAGACGUGUCGCGAAGAGUCACGGUGGAACUUACCUACGGUGUACAGAUCUGGCGCUUUACGCUGCUAGGCACUGCUGAGCUGGGAGAUGUCGGCUGCGGGCAGGGCGGAGCCCUUGGGUCCUCCCGGCAGCUUUGCGAAGCGGCUCCUGGUGACCGGGGGUGCUGGUUUCAUCGCAUCACAUGUGAUUGUCUCUUUAGUACAAGAUUAUCCGAACUAUAUGAUCAUAAAUCUAGACAAGCUGGAUUACUGUGCAAGCUUGAAGAAUCUUGAAACCAUUUCUAACAAACAAAACUACAAAUUUAUACAGGGUGACAUAUGUAAUUCUCACUUUGUGAAACUGCUUUUUGAAACAGAGAAAAUAGAUAUAGUGCUACAUUUUGCUGCGCAAACACAUGUAGAUCUUUCAUUUGUACGUGCCUUUGAGUUUACAUAUGUUAAUGUCUAUGGCACUCAUGUUUUGGUAAGUGCUGCUCAUGAAGCCAGAGUGGAGAAAUUUAUUUACGUUAGCACAGAUGAAGUGUAUGGAGGCAGUCUUGAUAAGGAAUUUGACGAAUCUUCACCCAAACAACCUACAAAUCCGUAUGCAUCAUCUAAAGCAGCUGCUGAGUGUUUUGUACAGUCUUACUGGGAACGAUAUAAAUUUCCAGCUGUCAUCACACGAAGCAGUAAUGUUUACGGACCACAUCAAUAUCCAGAAAAGGUUAUUCCAAAAUUUAUAUCUUUACUACAACACAACAGGAAAUGCUGCAUUCAUGGAUCAGGGCUUCAAACGAGAAAUUUCCUUUAUGCUACCGAUGUAGUGGAAGCAUUUCUCACUGUCCUCAAGAAGGGGAAACCAGGUGAAAUUUAUAACAUCGGAACCAAUUUUGAAAUGUCAGUUCUCCAGCUUGCCAAAGAACUAAUACAACUGAUCAAAGAGACCAAUUCAGAGUCUGAAAUGGAAAACUGGGUGGAUUAUGUUAAUGAUAGACCUACCAAUGACAUGAGAUAUCCAAUGAAGUCAGAAAAAAUACAUGGUUUAGGAUGGAGACCCAAAGUGCCUUGGAAAGAAGGAAUAAAAAAGACAAUUGACUGGUACAGAGAGAAUUUUCACAACUGGAAGAAUGCAGAAAAGGCAUUGGAACCCUUUCCAGUACAACCACCGUUUGUAUAGUCAAGACAGUUUUCAGAGAAAGAAGAAAAUUAUCCUACCUCCACAAGCCAUGGGAAACCAAGUGACCAAAAGGUGUCCUCUUUUCUUUUGGAAUUAGAUUCAUGACUUUCUGCAUAAAAUUCGAAUGCAAAACACCUCAAUCUUUAGAGUAGGUGUGGUGCUGGCAUAGGAUUUAAAUUUCAAGAUUCUUUCCAAAAACCUUUCUCCUGAAAGUUAGGCACCAGAAGGCCUAGAAAGACCUUUCGUAGGAAGGGGCCAGGAAAAUGGAAUCUCAUGGUUCUGAGAACAAGGACCGAGCCCAGUUCUGCGCUGACGACAGCCUUCGCGGGCCUUGAACUCAGUUGUCCGACCUUCCCCACUGCCUACAAAGUCUCUCAAGUUUCCAUUUUUCGGCAACAUAGGAUGAGCUGUCUGUCCUCAUUCAUCUUGUUUAUUAAAGGUCUGAUAUGCUAUAAUUGCUUUAAAAGUGGAACAAUGGAAGCAUAUCUAGCACUUUUUAACUUUAGAUAAUUUUGUAAAAUUAAGUUAAAUGUUUUUUAAAAGAAGGAUGUAGUUUUUACAUUUUCAAAAUCAGUUGUUGGACUAUAUAUGAGUAAUCUCAUAUGAGAGAUUUUUAUCAUGUAUUUGCCAUUUAAAAUGAUUUUAUUUAUAAAAGUAUCACUAUUGUAACGUAUUUAAUGUAGAACGUGGCUUUAUUUUUACUAAGGUAUGUUUUUAUUUUGCUGUAGAAAAAAUUUUUAAAUAUCUUGAUUAAAUACUUUUAAUUCCUCUCUCUCCUAAAGACUUUAAGAUGGCUUGAAAAAGCGCUGACUGGAUAUUGCAUUGAGAAAGGGUGAGGAGUUCAAGGUUGUGCCCAGCUUUCUGGCUUCCGUGCAUGUGUGAUGACUUCUUUCCUCCGUGAGGUGGAAAGCUAGGUCAUUCACUCACAGGUGGUUAAAAGUAAGAGGGGUAAGGGUGGAGUAAGGGCCUCGAAGAGGUGGAGAUCGGGAAAAGAAUAAGCAGCUCCAAAGUUGGAAGAGGAUUUGCCAAGCAGGAGUGAAACACAAACUGACGUUGAAUACAGUCAUUUCAGGAUUCUGAGAUGUGGGGGCACCUGGGUGGCUCAGUCAGUUAAGCAUCAGACUCUUGAUUUCGGUCAGAUCGUGAUCUCACGGUUUGUGAGUUCAAGCCCCGAGUUGGGCUCUGUGCUGAGUGUGGAACCUGCUUGGGAUUCUCUCUCUCCCUCUCUCUUUGUCCCUCCCCUGCUUGUGGUCUCUCUCUUUCUCAAAAUAAAUAAACAUUAAAAAAAAAUAAUUCUGAGAUGUGCAAAGUGGAUUGAUCCAGAGGUAGGCAUAGUAGGAGUCGGGAGGGGUCGAGGGGCAGAGGGCUAAGAAUAAGCAAAGAGUGAGGCCCCCUAGUCCCGAUGGUUUAGGGAAGAAAAUUCCUCCUGGGGGUUGGCUGUAGCUAGAGGAAAUGAAGAGGGGACCAGGCACAUAGGUGUGGCAGUGAGAGGUUGGGGAGGCUGGGAAGUUACAGGCAGAAAAUGGGACCAACUGAGAGCAGAUGGUCUUUUGGUAGAGUCUGGUCAUUGAGGGUAGAUGACAAAAACACUGUUUUCUGUGGCAUUUAGUUUUGUACAUAUUUUUGUGUGCCUUUAUUCCCAACUUUAAUAUACUCAAUAUGGCUUAACUUUAUCAU